GAAAAUCCUCUGCACCUGUAGAAAUAAGACAGUAUUACUGGGUCCAUAGUGAAUGUGACUGACACCUGGUCACGUGACUGUGUAGCAUAACAAAGUACUUCGCUACAGCAUUUGAGUAUAAUACUUUCUUGUUUUAAAAACGCAGUCCGGUAGCUCAGCUCAGCACCCCCCCAUUAAUUCUGUAGGAAAUUGUAUUGUGAUGUUAUGGAUAAAAACGUGGCGCUUGCUGAGAGACAUCCGCGGAGCUGGGGGAGCUAACGCGCUAAUCCACACGCACCGCGCGCGCGCCCUUUGAGCAGCUCCUGACGUCAACCCGUCGCACGCGCGCUCCUUUUCGCUGGUCGCUCUGUGUGUUGUCCUGGCAACGCUCGUGCAGCGUCGGCGUAUCUGCCAGGUGCUGGAGAAGAGGAAAGGAAGAUGGAGGAGAGCGUUAGAGACCCCGAUACUGGCAGUGAGACAGGAGGAGAUGAUGCUUUGCUGGGGAAUGUGAGCAAACUGACUGUCACUCCUCCAGGACACACAGGAGUGGCCAGAAAAGGACACCUUGUCUUUGAUGCCUGCUUUGAGAGUGGUAAUUUGGGGCGUGUAGACUACAUCAGUGAGUUUGAGUUUGACCUCUUCAUCCGACCCGACACAUGCAAUCCCCGCUUCAGAGUCUGGUUUAACUUUACCGUGGAGCAUGUCCGGGAGACACAGAGGGUAAUCUUUAACAUUGUGAACUUCAGUAAAACCAAGAGCUUGUACAGAGAUGGGAUGGCUCCGGUGGUGAAGUCUACGAGUCGACCUAAAUGGCAAAGACUGCCAGCCAAGAAUGUGUAUUAUUACCGGUGCCCGGACCAUCGGCGGAACUAUGUGAUGUCCUUCGCCUUCUGUUUCGACCGCGAGGAUGACGUGUACCAGUUUGCCUACUGUUACCCCUACACCUACUCUCGCCUACAGCACUAUCUGUCUAGCCUUGAGCAAAGAAACCUAGACUACCUAAAGAGAGAGCAGCUGGGUCUCAGCGUGCAACAGCGAAAGUUGGACCUUCUCACCAUCACUAAUCCAGCUAACCUGAGCCCAGAACGAGAGAAACGUGUGGUUUUCCUCACAGCACGUGUUCACCCAGGAGAAUCACCUGCUUCUUUCAUCUGCCAGGGUUUUAUCGACUUCCUGGUGAGCCAGCACCCUGUGGCACAAGUCCUGCGUGAUCAUGUGGUCUUUAAAAUCGUACCCAUGCUCAACCCUGAUGGUGUGUACCUGGGCAACUACAGGUGCUCACUGAUGGGUUUUGACCUGAACCGCUAUUGGCAGGACCCAUCCCAGUGGGCACAUCCCACUCUACAUGCUGUCAAACAACUCAUCAUCCAAAUGAAUCAAGAUCCUAAAGUGAGUCUGGAGUUCUACAUUGACGUGCAUGCUCACUCCACCAUGAUGAAUGGCUUCAUGUAUGGCAACGUGUUUGAGGAGGAGGAGCGUGUGCAGAGACAGGCCGUCUUCCCCCGCCUACUGUGCCACAACGCGCCCGACUUCUCUCUUUCUAGUACAUCAUUUAACCGUGACGUGGUUAAAGCAGGGACAGGACGGCGCUUCCUUGGAGGUCUCCUAGAUGACACGUCCUACUGCUACACUCUGGAGGUGUCCUUCUACAGCUUUCUGACUGCAGGCAGCACCACACCUAUCCCAUACACAGAGGACAGCUAUAUGAAGCUGGGUAAGAAUGUGGCCCGGACUUUUCUGGAUUAUUAUAAACUAAACAGUCCGAUUGCUGAGAGUAAAUUAACAAGUCAAUUUAGCAGUGUGGACGCUGCGGAUGCUGGUCACCAGGGGAGUAACGCUCGAAAAGGAAAGAAUCAAAAUUGGGACAAAAAUGAGAAAAGAUUCCAAGGAGUCAGAGACUAUUGAAAAUGUCAUACAAGUUCCCAAUCAUGAUUACUCAGUGCUUCCUGACUCUGAAGAAAGGGGAUUUAAUUUACAAUCAGAUUCUGAGCUACACAAUAACUUGCCUGUUAUCGCCAAUGUUCUGACAUCUCCACACAAUGCUAUGCUAUUGACUGUUGUAACUUUAACUAUUUGUUUUCAUUGGUUUCUCCUUGCCUUUUUGAAAUACCAACAGCAUGUUUCCUGUGGUUUUGGAUAUUUUCUUUUCAAUGAAACUCAAUUGUACUUGAUCGCAUGUAUUAUAUUAGGAUUUGUGUUUGAGUGUACUUUCUGGCUUGUGUCUGAAUGCAUAAAGAUUGUUGUUAAAAGAGGAAUGUGAUUACUGUAUAUGAGAAAUGUAUUCAGUCCACACAGGUUUUUUUUUUUUUUUUUUUUUAAUCGCAGUUCAUUACUGUGUUUUGAUUCUGUUUUAAAUUUCAAUUACAAAAACGUUUCAUUUCAAAAUUGAAACACGUUGCCUAGUAUCUUCCACAGUAUUAUUACAUAGUACUGGCACUGGAACAGACAAGGCCACAGAUCUGGAGAAAGCUGUCCAUAAUUUCUGCUUCAAUGGUCACAAAAGAAUCCAAUAAUUUGCAAAAUAGUGGAAAAAUAGGCAAUGCCAACCUCUGUGUUCUGUCGUGCAGCAUUCUCUCCACUGUUAUGUGUGAAAAACCAUUAAAAUGAUUCACGACUGAGUUCACCUAAACAAAGAUUAUUCCCCUGCGUGAGGUUUGACAUUUAAUGAGAACAUUUUGUUAAGAAUUAAAAAAAUAAAAUACUAUUUGAAAUGUUUCAGAGAGCAGUCACUGAAUUUAUGCUUAAUUUAUUUAAAUAAAGAGUUUC